AACUACAGAAUUCCACUAAAGUUAUAAAAGCAGCGAAACCCAGGACAAGGAAAUGCAGCAAGGCUGGUGAUUUUGGUGAUAUCACAAACUGGCCGACACCAAGCGAAAUAGCAAACAAUGAAUGUAAGACUGUAAGUCACAGUAAGAAGCCAACAAACAGGAGAGAAAAGGAGGAGAAAUCUGAUCAAAAAAGCAAUAAUGGAAUCAAGGACAACCCGGAGGCGAAGCCAGAUGGUCCAGGAGAUAAUAUUAGUGAAGACGAAGCUCAAACUAAUAACCAAAGGAAAAAAGGCAACAAGCAGAAAUGGGUGCCGCUCCACUUGGAUGACGUACGGUCAGACAGUCAAGACAGACCAGGCUCUCGAACUAGCUCGAGGUUUCUGCUGGAAACAAACAAGUUAAUACCUCAUAACAACAGACGGAAUGAGACAAGACAUUGGCGUCGUGAUAGAGAAAAGAGAGAUGAUCAUGAUGAAGUGUGCAGCGUGAGAAGUGAGGGUGGCAGUGUUCGCGGAUUCUCCAGAGGCAGAGGACGAGGACGAGGCAGAGGAAGAGGACGAGGCAGAGGAAACCCCAGAAUGAACUUUGAAUAUUCAGUUGGUUAUCAAGAACUGUAUGGUGAAGGAACUGACCAAAUAUUUCAACCUGAGCUUAAUGCUAGUGUGAUGUAUUACUAUGGUGAUGCAACAGGAGUGCAGAUGUAUUCUGUGGAUGAAGCACUUCUCAAAGAAUAUAUAAAACAUCAAAUUGAGUACUAUUUCAGCACAGAAAAUCUGGAAAGAGACUUCUUUCUGAGGAGAAAGAUGGACCAACAAGGAUUUCUGCCUGUUUCAUUGAUUGCUAGCUUCCGUCGGAUGCAAGCUCUGACUACAAAUGCUGCGCUCAUCUUGGAGGCCCUAAAGGACAGUACAGAAGUUGAAACUGUGGAUCAGAGGAUAAGAAAAAGGGUGGAUCCAGAAAAGUGGCCAAUUCCAGGUCCUCCUCCGUGCAGCCUGCCACCGACUGACUUCUCUCAGCUCAUUGAUUGUCCAGAAUUCGUACCAGGCCAAAUUUUUGGCUCACAUACUGAGUCUGCACCCAGUUCUCCAAGAAUGGGAAGCCCACUGAGUCCAAAGGAAAACACUGAAACGAGCAAUUUUCAGACAAUGUCUAAAGGAUUGUCUACAAGUUUGCCCGAUUUGGACUCUGAACCUUGGAUAGAAGUGAAGAAGAGGCAUCGUGCAUCCACGGUCAAACUAAAGGAAAGUGUUCCUAUACCUGAUCAAACAUCAGAUCAACAACAGCCACCUCCACCUCCAGAGGAACAAGAACAAGAAGAACUCGAUUUUUUGUUUGAUGAAGAGAUGGAACAAAUUCAAGGUCGGAAGAAUAAAUUUACUGAUUGGUCAGACAGCGAUUCCGAUUAUGAAAUUGAUGAUCAGGACGUAAACAAGAUUUUGAUUGUAACACAGACACCACCAUAUAUGAGAAGACAUCCUGGUGGAGAUCGUACUGGCAACCAUGUAUGCCGUGCAAAAAUUACAUCAGAACUUGCUAAAGUUAUUAAUGAUGGCUUAUACUAUUAUGAGCAGGAUUUGUGGAUGGAGCAGUGUGAAAAUGACACUAGGAUGAAGCAAGAGAUUGAGAACUUUAAGAAGCUAAAUCUCAUUAGUAAGGAAGAAUUUGAUAGCCUUGCACCAGAACCAAUUGCUGAUCUGACCCAAGAAGUUCCUCCAGGACCUCCAGGGUUACGGAAAGAUUUAGCAGAGGAACUGGCUUGUAAUUUGUUAAGUAUUGAAGUACCUCCAGCAGCAGCAAUAGCUCGAUCACUGCCAACAGCAGUUCCAGAUUCCCCCUGUGUUCACCCUGGCUUUGCCCCACGAACACCUCGCACCCCGAGGCUACAGGAUCCCAACAAAACACCCAGAUUCUACCCUGUUGUUAAAGAAGCACGAUCCAUUGAUGUAAAGACUCCAAGAAAAAGAAAAACACGACACAGUACAAAUCCUCCCUUAGAAUGCCAUGUUGGUUGGGUGAUGGAUUCCAGAGACCACAGGCCAAGAGCUUCAUCUGUGAGUAGUUCCAAUGCUUCACCUUCAGAAGGAGCUCCACUAGCAGGAAGUUACGGCUGUACCCCAAAUUCUCUUCCAAAAUUUCAGCAUCCUUCUCAUGAACUGUUAAAAGAGAAUGGCUUUACUCAACAGGUGUACCACAAAUAUCGUCGAAGGUGUCUAAUGGAGAGGAAACGGUUGGGAAUUGGCCAGUCCCAAGAAAUGAACACGCUUUUUCGUUUCUGGUCCUUUUUUCUGAGAGAUCACUUUAACAAGAAAAUGUAUGAGGAAUUCAAACAACUUGCUCUAGAUGAUGCAAAAGAACACUACAGGUAUGGAUUGGAAUGCUUGUUCAGAUUUUACAGCUAUGGCCUAGAAAAGAAAUUCAGGCAAGAAAUAUUCAAGGAUUUCCAAGAAGAAACAAAGAGAGACUAUGAAGCUGGUCAGCUAUAUGGACUGGAAAAAUUUUGGGCUUACCUAAAAUACUCUCAGCACAAGACUCCAGCCAUUGACCCCAAACUGCAAGAAUACCUUAGUAAAUUUAAGAGACUGGAGGACUUCAGAGUGGAUCCUCCUAUCAGUGAAGAAUCUGGCAGAAAAAGACCGGUUGCUGCAACAGGUGAGGAUUCAGGUCAUCGCAGACAUCAGUCUCAUUCUUCUAAAACACUUCUUGCCACUAAACCCACGGCUGCCUGUCAGCCCCAGGCACUGGGAAACAUGACCAGUGGGAAUACUGUGCAAGCGUCCAUAGGCCAUGACAACGCUGCCACAAAAUCUAUAGAAAGUGAUGUACCAGAAAAAUAG